CAUCCAUCUUCCUCAUGCCUCCUCGAAAACGCGGCAAAGUUGAGUCUUCCAAGAAUGAUGGUCAAGAAAAGAAAAGAGCCGGAAACCGAUGCUCGAGAGGAGGACUCACCCAGUUGGCGGACAUGCCUCUGGAUAUAUGGUUCGAGGUGCGCGUCAAACAGGCUGAGAACCGUGUCGACCUGUCUCUUAUAUGUGGAUAGAUUUUUGGAUGGCUAGAGCCAGUUGAUCUACUGCAACUGGCGAGGUCAACAAAAGUUAUUCGCAAGGUGUUAAUCAGCCGUUCUUCGGCGUCGGCGUGGAAGACAAGCGCGCUCGAAUAUUCCGGGCCUCCCCGAACCCGCUCCAGGAAUGUCAGAGCCUGCUUGGGCGAACCUUAUUUUCAUGUCGCGGUGCCACGUCUGUAUGAAUUCCAAUGUUCGCAAUAUCGAAUUCGUUUUCAGUAUCCGUAUAUGCGCCAGGUGUAUGGACAGUCACGUCAAACCCGUGAGAUUGAUAAAGACGUCUGACCCAAAGUUAACCAACAAGAUCAUGAGUCUAGUGCCCUUGCGCCCUGGAACAAAGAAACCGUACACCGGAGAGCUUAUGUGCUACCAAGGAGACGUUGACAAGGUCACUCAACGUUAUUUUUCCUUCAAUGACGAAGAGAAGAAGAAAUAUCGUGCGGAGAGGAGACAAUUAGUAUUAGAUCACAUGGCUCAUGUUGAACGCAGUGUGGAAUGGUUGUGCGCGCACGAAAAGGAGCGAGAAAAAGAACAGCGUCAAGUCAGAAGCUACCGCCUAUAUUCGAUCUUGGAAAAACUAGGAGAACUCGGGUAUAUCACGGAGUUUGAACAGAUGGGUGACGCCCAAAUGUAUGCGUUCAUAAAACACCGUUUGGUCUGUCAGAAUCGAUUGUUAACCGAGCGAAUCUGGCUGAAUAUUAAGGACGACAUUAUCGCAUACAUGGAAGACAUUAGAAACACACGUCUUGAACGCGAAAACGACCAGGUCAUUCGGCCUAGGAAAAUCCUGCUGGCUAAAGUUAUCCGUGAUUACACUACCUCUACAUCUCGGUAUCCCUACACCGAAGUCCUGCCCGGACUUGCCGAUUUCUAUACAUUCAAGUCCAUCAAAGAGAUUCUUGACCGCCCCACAGAUGUGGUGGUCGAUGCCGAUACUUUUUCUCCCCUCGUUUCCUCGCUCCCAGCUUUAUGCGAUGAAUGGAGAUCAUCUCUAGAUAGCCAAUUGCUAGCGCGCUUUCCAGAUCCUGGCACAAUUGACUCCACAAAGCACCUCAGCCUCGCUCAGAAUGUCCUUUACUGCAGUAUAUGCAACACCCCACAGUUUUAUCCUCAGGUACUUGCUCACCGCUGUCUCACCGAAUCAAUCGUCCAUAAGAUCAAAAGCGAUAAUUCAGCCAAACUAGACCCUACCCUUGUCAUACAUAUUCCAUUUUCCUCAUAUCAGGCACGGUAUCGGAAGCCUUGGAGCGCAGAGAGUUUGCUGUUAAACGAGCAGCUGACGAAGAUAGUGAAGGAUAUCAUUCGUAUUCUUGACCUAGACCCCGAAACGACCACGACAGCGGAGCUUGAUGGUCUAAAGACGUAUUUUCGCUGCUUGACAUGCCCUUCUGUGUAUGGAUUUCAAGGGCUUCGUCAUUACGGACGACGAGGACGAUACGUUCCGUUUAUUUGGUUGGAGGAAAUAUGUGGAUCAUCUUUUAAAGACGAGAGAUCCCUAUGAAUCCCUGGAACUAGACACACAUGUUAGGCUGGUGCCGCUUGAGGCGACGAAAAGUCCGGAAUGUAUCGUUCUCAGCACAGAAUAUCAUACCAAGCACUGGCUAUGCCUGCACUGUCGUGAUACGUCGGAGGAGAAGAAGCCCGAUACUUGUCUCCGCAUGAAAGUGCAUGUACGGAAAGUACACAACAUUGAGACCCCGGAGGUCAACAAAGACUACUACCAGCAGUUUGCGGUUCCUCCCUUGCUACCGAGGU